AUGCCACCACCAGCCACUCUCUCAGCUUCAUCUUCCUUCACUCUCCUCUCCCCAUCUCCCUCUCCAAAACCAAAGUUCCCUCCUUUCUCCCCCAAAAGACACUCCUUCGCAAUCAACCCACGUCACCAUUCCCUCCACUCAGUUCCCUCCUCCACCGUCCGAUGCGCCGUCAUCGAGAAAGAGACCCCGGAGGCCCAGCGGCCCGAUACCUUCCUCCGCGCCAACUCCUCGUCGUCCUCCGUGCGGGCCCGCUUCGAGAAGAUGAUAAGAGAAGCCCAAGACACCGUCUGCGCCGCCAUUGAGGCCGCGGACGGCGGUGCCACAUUUAAAGAGGACGUGUGGUCGAGGCCCGGUGGCGGUGGAGGCAUCAGCAGGGUCCUCCAAGACGGCGCCGUUUGGGAGAAGGCCGGUGUCAAUGUCUCUGUUGUCUACGGCGUUAUGCCUCCCGAGGCAUACCGAGCUGCCAAGGGCGCCGCCGCAGCUGAUCACAAGCCGGGCCCGGUUCCUUUCUUUGCCUCCGGAAUUAGCUCGGUUUUGCAUCCAAAGAACCCUUUUGCACCUACUUUGCAUUUCAAUUAUCGGUAUUUCGAAACGGAUGCUCCGCAAGAUGCUCCUGGAGCACCUAGGCAAUGGUGGUUCGGUGGCGGAACUGACUUGACACCUGCUUAUAUUUUUGAGGAGGAUGUUAAGCAUUUUCAUUCAGUCCAGAAAAGUGCUUGCGACAAAUUUGAUCCUACCUUCUAUCCUCGGUUCAAGAAAUGGUGUGAUGAUUAUUUCUAUAUCAAGCAUCGAGAUGAGAGGCGAGGGCUGGGAGGAAUAUUUUUUGAUGAUCUAAAUGACUAUGAUCAGGAGAUGCUUCUUUCCUUUGCCACUGAAUGUGCAAAUUCUGUGGUCCCUGCUUACGUACCAAUUAUAGAGAAAAGGAAGGAUCUACCAUUUACGGAACAGCAAAAGGCAUGGCAGCAAUUGCGAAGAGGGCGCUAUGUUGAAUUCAAUUUGGUUUAUGAUCGUGGAACAACUUUUGGACUAAAGACGGGAGGUCGAAUUGAGAGUAUUCUUGUCUCUCUUCCACUGACUGCUCGGUGGGAAUAUGACCAUAAACCAGAAGAGGGAAGUGAAGAAUGGAAACUGUUAGAUGCUUGCAUCAACCCAAAGGAGUGGGUAUAA